UCAAUGUCGCGCUCGCGCUUGCGUCUCGUUGCGACAGAUUAAAAAUAAAUCUUUCAAAACAUUUUAACUUUUUUUCACGUCACCGAAGACAGUUUGCAUCAAAUUUUGACAUUAUUUUGACGUUUAUAUCAAAAUAGAAAUGGAAGCAAACGGUAUUUCGGAAUGCAACAACCUUGACAGUUCAUUAGGUCAUUUUAUUUUGAAAAACAAUACCAAAUAUGAAUACGAUUCAACGGAAUAUGUGGGCGAUGUUAAAGUAAGCGGGAAAUUUAAGAAUCCUCGAAGUUUUGUGGAACUCAGAAAUAUGAGUUCUGUACAAAGUUUAAACUUGAUGGAGAGAAGGGUUCUGGUUAUUUAUACUGGUGGAACUAUUGGUAUGGUGAAAAAUGCUAAAGGUGUAUUGGUACCGCAAAAGGGUGCGUUCGAAAAUCUGAUAAGAACAUAUCCGCAACUGCACGACAAUGCGUCAUGGAAACAAAGGCUAUCGGAGAAUAAUUACGACACAAGCUUUUUGGUGUUACCAGACGCCAAGGAUUCUUGCUUAAAAGUGAUGUACAAAAUAACGGAAUAUGAAGAGUUAUUGGAUUCUUCCAACAUGACUGAGGCGGAAUGGAUACGAAUUGCCCAAGAUAUUAUGAAAAAUUACUCAAUGUACGACGGGUUCGUGGUACUACAGGGAACAGAUACGUUGUCGUACACGGCCUCUGCUCUCUCCUUUAUGUUUGAGAACAUUGGUAAAUGCGUGGUGCUCACAGGAUCCCAGAUCCCAAUAUUCGAGCCACGUAGCGACGGCGCCGACAACUUUGUGUCAUCCCUCAUGAUUGCAGGAACCUUGAAUAUACCAGAGGUCACAAUAUUCUUCGGCAGCAGGCUAUUUAGGGGAAAUAGAACGCGUAAGAUAUCUGUAAAUAAUUUCUACGCUUUCGACUCCCCGAAUUGUCCACCGUUAGUGGAAGUGGGUAUUGAUUUCGUGGUCAACAAGAAGUUGAUCUUCAAGCCGAAUGUUAUUGACAAGUUCCAGCUGCACGCUAAGAUGUCCAAGAAUGUGGGACUAUUGCGGAUAUUCCCGAGUAUUAGUGCGUCAGUUAUCAGAGCAUUUUGUCAGGCUCCUAUUGAGGGUGUGGUUUUGGAGAGCUACGGCGCUGGUAAUAUUCCAUCUAAUAGAAAGGACGUGCUUGAAGAAAUUAAAGAGGCGGUGAAUCGUGGUGUUAUUGUUGUUAAUAUAACACAGUGCAACACUGGUGCUGUCUCGUCUCUUUAUGAGACAGGAAGAUUGAUAUCAGAAUGUGGUGUUGUUUCUGGUUACGAUAUGACACCAGAAGCGGCACUGACGAAACUAUCCUACGUUUUAUCUAAAACGGAGCUCACCCUACAAAAGAAGACAGAGCUUAUGUCUAGGAAUAUAAGAGGAGAGUUGACAAAUACAUCUACCAUAGCUAUUGAGGACCAUACGUUAAUUGAUGCAAUUGCUAGUAGCCUUAAUAUAACAUGUCCAAGGAAAUUGGUAGAAGUAACCGAGAAGGUGUUUAGUGCUCUUCUCUUCUAUGCUAUAGAUCAUAACGACUUCCGAGGAGUAAAGAAGAUACUUGAUAUGGGAGCUGAUGUUAACGUACAAGAUUCGGAUGGCAAGACGGCCUUGCAUCAGGCAGUCAUCAAAGGGAAUAUUGAAAUAAUUGAAUAUCUCUUAAAGAAUGGAGCAAGCGUUCACUUGAAAACGAAAUGCGGUGAGUCCCCACUCCUGACUGCGGUGAAGCACGACGAGGAGUCAGUAAUAAAACUGCUGCUGCAGUGCGGCGCGCACCUCACCACUGCUGACUCGAACGUCGUGAUGGCGCUCAUGUCGCUAGCGGCGAGGAGCGGCAACAUUCAAAUGUUAGAGUCGUUACGAAUCGCGGGAGCGAAUCUCGGCGCUUGCGAUGAGUUGAAACAGACGCCUUUGCAUCAGGCGGUACUUUGUAAUCAAGAAGGUGUGGUACAAUAUUUAAUCGGUAACAACGUGAGGACAGAUUUAGCGGAUAUCUUGGGCUACACCGCAUUGUCCUAUGCGGAGAAACUGGGCCACGAAAGGAUGAAACGUACUUUGAGCAAUAGAGCUGUACUCUCCGUGUUACAUACAGAAUAAACUUUAGUGUCUUUGUUUGAAUGAAAUUUAUAUAAUUUAAUGUUUUUUUUUAGUAUCUGUUUU